AUGAGUGAUACAACACGAUUGAAGAGCACCGUCUACGUGGGUGGUCUUGAUCAGGGUGUAACCGCGCAUACCCUUGCGGAGGCAUUUGUUCCAUUUGGUGAAGUGGUCGACAUCUCACUGCCCAAGCCGGAGCAGCCCAACUCAAACGAGUCUCAUCGCGGAUUCGGAUAUGUGGAAUUUGAUCUACCACAAGACGCCAAAGAGGCAAUCGACAACAUGGAUGGCAGCGAGAUCUACGGGCGCACAAUCAAAGUCGCCGCCGCAAAGCCACAGAAGGACUCCAACGAAGGACUGGGUAGCAAAACUGCGAUUUGGGAACAGGAGGGCUAUUUGGCCAAGCAUGCCGUCAGUGAGGAGGAUCGGGAGGCCACAGAAAGCGCCCAGGCUGCGAGCGCAUCUGCUCAAGACUCUAUGCAGGGCUUGACAGAGCGAGAUGUUGCCGGGCCCAAGCCUGAGUGA